AAGUAUUCACCAAUCCAUACCCAUUCUCACCUUCCAUAUCUCCCACCUCUCUCUCUCUCUCUCUCUCUCUCCUCUCUUCUUGUCUGAUGGGGGCUCAGGAGAAGCGGCGUCGUUUUGAGCCAAUAACAAACUAUGAGAUUAAGGACCGGUCGAAUCAAACCGUGGCUGCUGAUCUCGAUGGGACGUUACUAAUCUCUCGUAGCGCAUUUCCUUACUAUUUCCUCGUGGCACUCGAAGCAGGGAGCUUGCUCCGCGCUUUGAUCCUACUUGUGUCUGUACCAUUCGUUUACCUCACGUACCUCACAGUCUCCGAGACACUAGCCAUCAACGUUUUCAUCUUUAUCACCUUCGCUGGUCUCAAGAUCCGAGAGGUUGAGCUCGUGGUCCGUUCCGUCCUCCCGAGGUUUUACGCGGAGGACGUGAGACCUGACGCAUGGAGUAUCUUCAACACGUUUGGGAAACGGUACAUAGUAACAGCGAGUCCGCGGAUCAUGGUCGAACCGUUCGUGAAGACAUACCUAGGAGUCGAUAAAGUUCUUGGAACAGAACUCGAAGUCUCCAAAUCGGGUCGUGCAACCGGUUUUGUAAGAAGACCAGGUGUUCUCGUUGGUCAACACAAACGCGACGGUAUUUUGAGAGAGUUCGGUGGCGUUGCGUCUGGUUUACCUGAUUUGGGGCUUGGCGAUAGUAAGACAGAUCACGAUUUCAUGUCAAUUUGCAAGGAGGGUUACAUGGUGCCAUGUACAAAGUGCGAACCAUUACCAAGAAAUAAACUCUUAAACCCUAUAAUAUUCCACGAAGGCAGAUUAGUCCAGCGUCCAACGCCGUUAGUUUCUCUGUUAACUCUCCUCUGGCUUCCCGUCGGUUUCCUAGUCUCUAUCAUCCGCGUCUACACCAAUAUUCCGUUACCCGAACGCAUCGCCCGUUACAACUACAAGCUCACAGGGAUUAAACUAGUCGUCAACGGCCAGCCUCCUCCGCCACCUAAACCCGGCCAACCAGGCCACCUCUUGGUGUGCAACCAUCGGACUGUCCUCGACCCCGUGGUGACAGCUGUUGCGCUCGGUCGGAAAAUUAGCUGCGUCACUUACAGUAUCAGCAAAUUCUCUGAGCUAAUCUCUCCAAUAAAAGCCGUUGCGUUGACUCGUCAGCGCGAGAAAGACGCAGCGAACAUCAAGCGUCUCUUGGAGGAAGGUGACCUCGUGAUAUGUCCCGAGGGAACCACGUGCCGUGAGCCUUUCCUUCUCCGGUUUAGUGCACUCUUUGCCGAGCUUACGGACAGGAUCGUUCCCGUGGCGAUCAACACGAAACAAAGCGUGUUUAAUGGUACAACCACACGUGGCUACAAGUUUCUUGAUCCUUACUUCGCGUUCAUGAACCCUGUUCCAACGUUCGAGAUCACGUUCCUUAAACAGCUCCCGGCUGAGCUGACGUGUAAAGGAGGCAAGUCCCCAAUAGAGGUGGCGAAUUACAUACAGAGGGUUUUGGCAGGAACCUUAGGGUUUGAGUGCACCAACUUCACAAGAAAGGAUAAGUACGCAAUGCUAGCUGGUACCGACGGUAGGGUUCCGGUGAAGAGGGAGAAGAUGUGAUUAUUGAUUUGAGAAAAGAGAAGAUGAAGAUAUAAUACAAAUAUUUGAAUCUUUUUUCAUUUAGCAAUUAUUAUUCAAAGGGGAAAAGAAUUGGUGAGUUUGCUAAUUUCUUUGCCUUCUAUGCUUAAAUAAUUGUUUAUUUGCAAGUUUUUUUUCGUGAUAUUUUCAAGUUUACUUUUAGUAUAAUAACGAUUUAAGAAAGAAAAACUUGGUAUGAUCA